AUGGCUCGCAGUAAUGCUUCAGGAACGUCAAAAUUUCCAAUAGUUCUUAUAGGUAAAUCAAAGAAGCCUAGAGCUAUUCAAAAAUUAUCACACAUCCUCGUAUCAUAUAAAAGUCAAAAAAGUGCAUGGAUGACAGGACCCUUAUUUGAAAAAUGGUUCUACGACGAAUUUGUUCCAAGGGUUACAGAGUUUUUACAAAGCAAAGGAUUACCGACCAAAGCAGUUUUAUUUGUUGAUAACUGUGCAUCGCAUCCCAAAAAUAUAAAAAAAGGGGAUAUAAGAGUUGAGUUUUUACCACCUAAUACUACUUCUCUUUUACAACCCAUGGAUCAAGGAUGCUUACAAAAUCUUAAAAUGAACUACCGAGUGCAUUUAAUGUCAUUCCUUUUGAGUAAACUAGAUAUUGGACUUGGUGUUAUUAGAGCUUUAAAACAAAUAACCAUGAAGGAACUGUGGCGACAAGUAGAAACAAUUUUACAGCAUGUUAUCAACUCUAAAAAAUCUAGUGUCAAUCAAGUGGGUCAAAUUAAUACACAAGACAUCGUAAACAAGUUUUGCGAAAAGUUCAGUGAGUCAGAUGACCACGAGAAUAAUUUGGCAAUAGUCACUGAAUGGAUAAACUUCACUGCAAUGUCUUCAGAAGACUAUUUAACCGACGAACAAAUUCUUCAAGCUGUCCACGAUGAUAAAAAUGAAGAUAAUCAAGAUAAAAAUGAAAAUACUACGAAUCGUCACCCACCCGAUUGGAUAGUUCUCAGUGACUCUGUUAACUUGUUAAUAAAUCACUGCGAAGGAAAUUCUCACUAUCGACUUGAUUAG